UUUAGCUAAGGGAACAGUUUACUUUAGUUACACAUAUACGACUGUGCCUAUUUUUUUGCAAGAGACGGAUCGGAAUUCUAAAGAUAUAUAUUGAUAAAAAUACGGAACAAUAAAGAGACUGGUUCUAAAAUAGACUGAAACAUGUUCGUUUGGCGUUUUAUUCUGGUGCUUGUGCUCCUCCCUGCUGCAGCCUCGAAUGAUUUAGAAACAUUGACUUCAGAAAUAUCUAAACUCGGACGUAAAAUGGACACAUUUCAGUCGUUUGUGUUUCAGGAUAUUUCGAUCAUUAAAGACAAAAUCCACAAAAUGGAUUCAAAAAUGGACGCGAUUAUAAGACAAGACCAACAUAGAGAAGACAUACAUCAAGCACAAUCUGGAAGCCAGACUCAUGAAGAACAAUCUUUAAACGACAUAGUCGAGCCCAUCGCUCUACAGCAGCAGUUAGAUAGAAUUAAGAGAGGCUUUCGCGAGGAGAAAGAAGGGAUUCGACAUGAGUUAGACGACCUGAAAAGUAUUUCUCAGAAUCUUCUUGUUGGAAAAGACAAAAUUGCGGAGUACCUACUAACAUUAGAGACGAACGUAAACAAAUUUCUCAGUAAAAUUAUUGGUGACUUGAAGGAUAGAAUUCUCGACAUAACGAAAAAUGUACAGAGAGAUUUAAACACGUCGAUUGAGCGUAGCGCUGUUGGCAUUGAUGUUAAAGCUCAAUCGUUAAAAGAACUUGUUGAACGAACAGACAAUAUCAGUAAAUCCAGAUCGGAUAAGAUUACCGAAACGCUAACAAAUGCUCUAUCUGCAUCAGAGAAGACCAUCGCAGGCUACCUAAAAGACACAAGCAUGAAGACAGCCGACCUUGUCGACUCAGUAAAGCAAGACAUAAGCACAAUUAUGGAAAAUACCGAUAAAAUCAUUGCAAAUGCAAAUAUUACAUCUCCGGUGCGUCUUGCCAAUGAAAGUGAAUACUUAGGCGGUGUUCAAGGACGUUUGGAAAUACUACAUGAUGGCGUUUGGGGAACAGUAUGUGAUGACGCGUUUAGGGCAAACGAAGCAAAGGUUGCGUGCAAAAUGAUCAAUUUAAAAUUUGCUAACUACGGAUAUCUUCGAGAAGCGUUUUAUGGCCGCGGAACCGGUAUGAUUUGGCUUGAUCACAUUGAGUGUAAUGGUGAGGAGCAUUCUCUAUUUAACUGUCCAGGGGAUGUCAUUGGUAAACAUGACUGCAGCCACGACGAAGACAUUGGUAUUAAGUGCUGGUACUGAUAGAUCCAAAAAUUAUAUGUGUGUGUAUACUUAACCGUUGUGAGUGUUUGAAUUUAGCAGUCAUUGUUUCGGAUACCGUUCAACACCAGUAUAGAAAAUGCACUGGUGUUGAACGGUAUCCGAAAAAUGACUAUUUAUGUAUUUCAUGCAAUUAUAUUUCUACCAAAUUAGACAAUAUAUCCAACGUACUUCAAUAUUAAGUUUAUGACUAUAAGAGUGUAUGUAUAGGAAGGCACAUGAAUAGAUGGAGAACAAAUGUGAAUAUAUCCAGGGUUUUUUUCAGAUGAAAGAAUAAAGACAUACUUAGUUAAAUAAAUGAUUAACUCCUUUUCAAAUGCUUAACAAUGAUUAUGCCAGCGGUCGACAAUUAUACUAACUUAAAUUAAUGACUAACUCCUUCGCAAAUGUUUAACACUGAAAAUGGCAGUGGUCGACAAUAAUACUGACUUAAAUUUUGACAUACUCCUUCGCAAAUGCUUAACAAUUAAUAUGCCAGCGGUCGACAAUUAUACUAACAUAAUGAAUGAAUUUCUUCUUGAUAAAUGCUAAACAAUGAAUUUGACAGCGGUCGACAAAUAAACUAACUUACAUUAAUGACUUCACCCUUUGCAAAUGCCAAGCACUGAAUAUGACAGCGGUCGACAACUAUACUAAAUUACAUUAAUGACUUCACCCUUUGCAAAUGCCAAACACUGAAUAUGACAGCGGUCGACAACUAAACUAACUUACAUUAAUGACUUCACCCUUUGCAAAUGCCAAACACUGAAUAUGACAGCGGUCGACAACUAUACUAAAUUACAUUAAUGACUUCACCCUUUGCAAAUGCCAAACACUGAAUAUGACAGCGGUCGACAAAUAAACUAACUUACAUUAAUGACUUCACCCUUUGCAAAUGCCAAACACUGAAUAUGACAGCGGUCGACAACUAAUCUAACUUACAUUAAUGACUUCACCCUUUGCAAAUGCCAAACACUGAAUAUGACAGCGGUCGACAACUAAUCUAACUUACAUUAAUGACUUCACCCUUUGCAAAUGCCAAACACUGAAUAUGACAGCGGUCGACAACUAAACUAACUUGCAAUAAUGACUUCACCCUUUGCAAAUGCCAAGCACUGAAUAUGACAGCGGUCGACAACUAAACUAACUUGCAAUAAUGACUUCACCCUUUGCAAAUGCCAAACACUGAAUAUGACAGCGGUCGACAACUAUACUAACUUAAAUUAAUGACUUCACCCUUUGCAAAUGCCAAACACUGGAUAUGGCAGCGGUCAACAAUUAUACUUACGUAAAUAAAUGACUUACUCCUAGGCAAUGCUUAACACAGAAUGUAACAGCGGUCAAUACAUAUACUAACUUACAUUAAUUACUUACCCCUUUGCAAAUGCUUAACAAAGAAUAUGGCAGCGACCGACACGCCUUAGUUUUCAAAAAGAACCAUAUGAACGAGGGUGUGAGCAUCCAAAAAUACCCACAUGGGAUCCAUACCAAAAUCGUGUCAAUAAAACAAAAUGAAAAUUCGGGGACCUCUUGGUUAAUCUUGCCAUUGUCCUGAAAAGAAAAUAUAACCUUAUAUUUGUGCAUAAUUAUAAUGGAUUUUAGCCAGGUUAUUAAAGAUCAGGGUGCUGCAGAAAAGAGAUUAGGUGCUAAGGGGAAAAGAGGUACUUUGUGUCGGGCUGUGAUGUGAAAAAUUCCAAUAUUAUGAGAUUCACAGACACUGUUAGGAAAAAAUGCUUGAAUGAAGUUACAAAAAUAACCAUACAUGUCAAGUUUCUAUGAAUUCCUAAUCAUUUUUUAAGUUUAAAUAAAAACACAAUAUAUAUUAGUUGAUCGUAGACAUUUAACUCUAUGCAUACAGGAGGAUGUAUAUGGUGAGAUGGUAGCUACCAAGCAAAGGAAAGGGUGGUCGGCAAUAACUCAUUAGCUAUAAAUCUAAAUAUAUAUGAAGGAAACGCACUGUUUAUUUUGGACACAGGCUUUAUAUUAACAAAGGCCUAUUUUGGGAGAAAUAAAAAAUGUGGAUAUUACUUAGUACCAAUCAAUAUAAAAAAAACGUUCAAGGUUAUGGAAACUUGCGUUAAACGUCACUGAAUUGAUGAAAAACACAACGUGUUCUCUGGAUGAAAUUUCCAUCUUAUGUUUACCAGUCAUUAUAAUUUUAACUUCAAGUUGUACUAAUAAACAUAUAUUGUGUUUAUAAUUUCGAACUUGUUCUUCUCUCUAAGUUACACAUAAUAUGCAUUUGUGUUUUAAUAUGUCGUUGAUAGAGUACCAUAUGUUUCAUGUAUUUGACAUCAUGGUCUGGUGAAAUGUAAGUGAAAUGUAUGUAUUGAAUGAAGCAAUGAUUUCCUUAGAUGUAUUAGUUUCUGUCAUUUUCACCCAAACUCAUUCAAAGUUGUAUGCAUGCAGUCAUUAUGUUAUGGUAAAAUAUGUUUAGUGUGUACUUUAAAAAUAAUAUUGUUGGAUGCGAUGCAGUGCUAAAAAUUGUUAAGUUCGUCAGUGGUCUACAUUAUAUUUUAUAAACUAUGUACUUACUGGGCUAUCCACAGCUUGUACCUACAACUUCACCUGAUUAGGUUCAAUUAAGACUGACUGCCGAUUUAAUGAAGUAAGUGUACUGGAAAACUAGAGAAUAACUGACAUUUCAUUGGAUAAAAUAUAAUGUUGACCACUAAAUAAACUUGAUGCACGCUACAUCAUUUGGUUUAUAUUGAAUUAUUAGUUAUCGCAAAUCCACGUUAGCAUUAGUAUGAUACACUUACAUGAUCAGGUUUUAAAAAAAAAAUACAUUUUUUUAAAUUGUGCAGUUGCUGUUAAUACUUAUUCGAUAUUUAGCUUAUUUUUGGCCUUUUGAUAAAAUGUCUAUUAUAUGUGCAUUGAAUCACUUGAAAACUCUGUAUUGUAUAUGUGUAUUUGUCAACAAGGGCUAUGGCCUUCUGGAUAGUUUGUAAAUAAAUUAAAGUCCAUAGAUAAUGCUUUUUUCGCUUGUACCUUGAAUUGAAAUAAAGAUUUAUAAAAGCAUCACUCUCAAAGAUUGACCGUUUUGACACUUUUUUUUAUUCAAAUCUUGUAAAGGUUCAAUUUUUGCGUAAAUGAUUAAAAAUCAGCGAUAUAAAAAGGCUAACUAAAGAUAAGAUUGUUGUUUGUCAUAUUUAUGGUCGAAAAUAGGGUUAUAUGGCUAAAAGCGUUGCUUAAACUCUCAGCAAAUUGAAGUUUCGACCGUUUUUUUACAAAUGAGAUCUGUUCUAUUGUGAGUUAUCUCAUAUGACUAAAUAGAAGGCAUUGAUGUCAAAUUCAGCUGACUCUGAGACAAACCAAAUAAGAAAUUUAAAACUGUCAAUCUGUGAGAGUGCAGCUUUAAACAUACUCAUGAUAGUGAAUUAGCUAUUUCUAACAUUCGUUGCAUGCAUGAGCAUAGCUAUACUUUGUUUCAAACUUUACCCAUAGCAUUGCAAUUUCACGGAUGUUAUUCAUGCAUGAUUUGAUUAGGUUAGACAUAAAGACAAGUAAGUAGGUCUACAUUAGUUGUGUUAUAUACAUGUUAAUAGAAUUGUUAAAAUCUGAAAAUAAAACUACCAUAUUUAAUUGUCCAAAUGUAUAAAGGAUCUGUAAAAAAGAGGAUUUAUCUUACUAAUGAUAAUAUGCUUAUCCUCAUAUUAUUCAUGGAUGUGCAUUUUUUGCAUUUGUUCAUGACAACUUAUUUAUUUAUAUUUGUUUUCAACCUACAUUUGUUUAGUAUUAUGUGACUUGUUGAAUUCAUAUAUUUGAUCGUGUUCGAUAUUAUUUGAAUAUGUACGUUCAUGGUACACGUCACAUAAAAUUCUGUUCUGCUCUUUUCUGUUAUUAAAUGAAACUUUUCAUUUCCAAAAACACUUUGUGUCUGUAUGGUAAUUCGUAAGGCUGAAAAUUGCCAAAUAAAAAAAUCAUUUGCAAAGUAUGAAAUGAUUCUAUGCAGUAUUUCAACAAUCUUCGGCACCCCGACAUAUUCAUAAUAUAAAUGAUACCCUGCGCUAAAAAAAUCUCGUCCUCAUAAAUAAUUAAUGAUGUAAAAUCCAGCCGCUUGAUUGGUCGCCUGAGACACAAAUGUCCGAGGAGGUACGGAUGGAAUCUCAGUUUCAAGCGAUCCAAUGAGAUCACGGUUUUCAGACUAUUUUAGGCAGGAGAUAUUUUGUCACAUUAGCUGAUAGCUUUUGUUAUUACUAAACCGUUAUAAAAUAGCAUUCAAUGUGGUAAAACAUGGAGACAAAUGUAUUAUUAUUUUAUUUUCAAGAUUGUUAGUACAUGUAAGAUCAUCAAGCCCCAAUGUGAAAAAACCUUUGAUGGUUAUAUCAAAGAAAAUAAUAAAUGAUUAUUCAAUAGAAAAGCAUUACAUUUUUUUGGCUGUGGAAUAUUUCACUUUUAAAUCUUCACCAAAGUGAUUUAUCGACAUAUGCAAAGCAUCACCCCCCCCCC